AUGAUUGAUCUUUCGAGGAAGAAGAGUAGAUACUACGUCGAAUUAUGGGAACAAUCAAGAAUGCCAGCUUGUACAAUACGACUUCCGGGAGCCAGGCUUUAUGUUAUCAAUGAAACGUCCCUCAUCCCAUCAGUGCAACGCCAAUACAAAACACUGGCCUUCCCUCCGUUGCAGGCGAAGCUUGCAAUGAAUGUUUGUGGGUCGAGCCAAACGGCCAACGACAUUCUCAACACGAAUGUCAAUGGCGAUGAGGGAUUCUGGGGUUACUCAAUCACACACUACAAAGCCAUACAUCCGCCCCUCUUCCCUGGCCCAGGGCUGGACGCCAUGAAUAGGGUCAUGGCACAAAAGAUCACUACCUCACUCGAACGGAUUCAGUCGUCAGAGGUUUUCAGACUAUUUGACUUUGUCAAGCGGGAAGUUACGCGUGCGACAACGGAUUCAGUCUAUGGAGACCAGAACCCCUUCCGAGAUCCCGCCAUCGUUGAAGCGUUCUGGGAGUUCCAAGAAGGAGUUAUGGGUCUACUCAUGGGUCUCCCACCUUCAUUCGUUCGAGACAGCUUCAACGCACGAGAAUUCAUGGCGAAGCGAUUUGUGCAAUACUUCAACGAAGGCGGUCACGAACAGGGAUCGGCUCUUAUCAAAGCUCGCUAUGCGCACAGCAUGGAGCACAAGAUCCCAGUGGAAGACAUUGCAAGGUUCGAAACAGCUGGGGCGAUUGCGAUACUUACCAACACUUCGCCCGCCUGUUUCUGGCUACUCUACCAUCUUUACUCGAGCCCGAGUGCACUUGAAGACUGUCGUAGAGAGCUAGGCACCAUUCUUUCCGAGAAUACGAAUAAGACACAAGGAGGAGGAUCCGGCAUAACAAUUACGCUCGACCUCACGCAAGCCAAGACCUCCUGCCCUACCCUGCUCUCCAGCUUACAAGAGGUACUAAGGCUGCACUCAGUCGGUAUAUCCACUCGACAAGUUAUGGAAGAUCACAUCCUUGACGGAAAGUAUCUUCUCAAGAAGGGAGGAACGGUCAUGAUCCCAGCUCCAGUGCAACACCAGGACGCUGCAACCUGGGGUGCGAAUGUCCACUCAUUCGAUCAUCGCCGUUUUUUCCCAAGUGCGAAGCGUCCGAAUCCGAUUGCCUUCCGCGGGUUCGGUGGAGGAACGACGUUAUGCCCUGGUCGACAUUUCGCAAGCACGGAGAUCUUUGCAUUCACUGCCCUGAUGAUUCUACGCUUUGACAUGCACCCUGUGGACGGAAAGUGGAAAGAGCUGACCACCAACAAGGCAAGCUUGUGGGAAGUGACUCCCCGACCCGAUGAAGACCUUGUCGUCAAGCUAAUCCCGAGGGAUGGAUUUGAUUUGAAUGUCAAGUGGGAGGUCCUUGUUACGGACUCCGACAAGUCGAUGCCACUCGCGGCUGAAGAUAUGGACGCACUUCGUCAUUCAGAAUAG